AGGGAUUUAAAGAAUGCUGAUGGGAGAUCCAGUUUCAUAAAGAACAAUUUGUCAAGCUGAUUGCCACUAUGGAUGAUCAGCAAGCCUUGAAUUCAAUAAUGCAAGACCUGGCUGUCCUUCAUAAGGCUAGUCGACCAUUAUCCCUACAGGAAACCAGAAAACCAAAAUCUUCAUCACCCAAAAAACAGAAUGAUGUUCGAGUCAAAUUUGAGCAUCGGGGUGAAAAAAGAAUUCUUCAAUUUCCCAGACCACUUAGAUUAGAAGAGCUGAGUUCUAAAGCCAAAAUUGCUUUUGGACAGUCUAUGGAUCUACAUUAUACUAAUAAUGAGCUGGUGAUUCCAUUAACUACACAGGAUGAUUUGGACAAAGCUGUAGAACUAUUAGAUCGCAGCAUUCACAUGAAAAGUCUCAAGAUAUUACUUGUAACACAUGGUCAUAUACAGGCUGCCAACUUGGAGCCUUUACCAUCUCUGGAAGAUUUGGAUAAUACAGUAUUUAGAGUAACAGAGAUUAAAAAACGGCUUCCUGUGAUAGGUCCUACAACAAGAGAUAGAAGUUCACCUCCUCCUGGUUACAUUCCAGAUGAGCUACAUCAGGUUGCCAGAAAUGGGUCAUUUACUAGUAUCAACAGUGAAGGAGAGUUUAUUCCAGAAAGCAUGGACCAAAUGUUGGAUCCACUCUCAUUGAGCAGUCCUGAAAAUUCUGGCUCAGGAAGCUGUCCAUCACUUGAUAGUCCUCUGGAUGGUGACAGCUAUCCCAAAACUCGAAUGCCAAGAGCACAGAGCUAUCCAGAUAAUCAUCAGGAAUUUACAGAUUAUGAUAACCCUAUCUUUGAGAAAUUUGGAAAAGGAGGUACUUAUCCUAGAAGAUAUCAUGUAUCUUAUCACCAUUCAGACUAUAAUGAUGGUCGUAAGACUUUUCCAAGGGCCAGAAGGACUCAAAUGAACAGCUUCCGUUCUCCAGUCAGUUUCAGUCCUACUGAUCGUUCAUUAAGUACUAGUAGUGGAAGCAGCAUCUUUACCCCAGAAUAUGAAGAUAGCCGAAUGAGAAGGGGGAGUGAUAUAGAAAAUCCCACUCUGACUGUAAUGGACAUAAGCCCACCUAGUCGCUCACCAAGAGCACCAACUAACUGGAGACUGGGUAAAUUGCUUGGUCAGGGAGCCUUUGGCAGAGUAUAUUUAUGUUAUGAUGUUGAUACAGGAAGAGAGCUGGCUGUUAAACAAGUUCAGUUUGACCCUGAUAGUCCAGAGACUAGCAAGGAAGUAAAUGCACUUGAGUGUGAAAUUCAAUUGUUGAAAAACCUGCUGCAUGAGCGAAUUGUUCAGUAUUAUGGCUGCUUACGGGAUCCCCAGGAAAGAACUCUUUCCAUAUUUAUGGAAUAUAUGCCAGGGGGUUCAAUUAAGGACCAGUUAAAAGCAUAUGGAGCUCUUACUGAGAAUGUGACCAGAAAAUACACCCGGCAGAUUCUGGAGGGAGUUCACUACUUGCACAGUAAUAUGAUUGUACAUAGAGAUAUUAAAGGAGCAAAUAUUCUUCGAGAUUCAGCAGGAAAUGUGAAACUAGGGGAUUUUGGUGCCAGUAAACGACUUCAGACAAUCUGUCUGUCUGGUACAGGAAUGAAGUCUGUCACAGGCACGCCAUACUGGAUGAGUCCUGAAGUUAUCAGUGGGGAAGGUUAUGGCCGAAAAGCAGAUAUUUGGAGUGUGGGCUGUACUGUGGUAGAAAUGCUAACUGAGAAACCACCUUGGGCUGAGUUUGAAGCAAUGGCUGCCAUAUUUAAAAUUGCUACUCAGCCAACCAAUCCAAAGCUGCCACCUCAUGCUUCAGACCAUAGCCGAGAUUUCCUCAAGCGGAUUUUUGUAGAGGCCAAAUUGAGACCAUCAGCUGAUGAACUCUUAAGGCACAUGUUUGCGCAUUACCACUAGCACUCAGUGCUAGUCAGUGCCUCUACCUAGCUCAGAUCUACUGCUUCUACCGUCUCUCUGACUGCACUUUUUUCUUUUUAUAAAGAGAGAGAAAGAAAAAAGAGGAAAGAAAAAAGAGGGAAAAUAUUCCUCUUGAUUCUUGGUUUAAUUAACUUGUCUAAAAAUAAUCUCACAUUUUUUUAUAUUUGAAAACUCCCAUAUCAGGACUUGAAAGUUUUUUUUUUUAAUAAUGUACUGAUGUGAUUCUCAGAGAUAAAGCACUUUAGUACAUAUUCAUCAUUAUUUAAAAAAAAAAAAAAGCAACAAAAAGAGACUGUAAAAUUCUUAAGGAUUAGAUAGCCUUUUUUCAUAUUCCUGACACAUUUUUAGUGAAGGGAGAUGAAAAAUGAUAAAUAAAAUUACUUCUUAUUUCCAUUAUUUAGUGAUAGUAGUUAAAAUAGAUCCGCACGCCUGGGGUUGGACCUCAGAAUAGAUUAGAUUAUUGAUAGACUUAAAUCAUAUAGACUUCAUCAUGAGUGUGUAUGCCUCACUAUGUCUUAGCUUCUGUCUGCCUCUACUUUUGCUGAAAAGACCACAUCUUGAAGUAAAAUAUAAAUUUCUAAGAGAUGUGUUUACUAUCAUAUUUAACUGCUAGAGAGCCAGAAUUAUAGGUAAAUCCACUAUAAUAGAUCCAUCUUUCUGGAGAAACAAGCUUAAGGGAAAAAGCCUUCUAGUGAAAAAUGAACUCACUACUAUAUUUUUAAACAUAUAUGGAAAGUCAGCAAGAAAUUCUGUUCAAAGCAAAAUGUAAGAGAAAAAAGUUUUUCUUAAAUGAUGUGAAUAGAUCAAAUUGUAGGAGACAUACAAUGAAUAUCAACAGUAAUAGUAAAAGGAAAAAACUGUUCAGUAUUUUCUGUUGUACUUUGAGGGGGAAGAGAUGCCCAACUAAUUGAAAAUAGAGGGGAACUAAAUACAAUCAAAAACAUGUAUACAUUCUUCCUUUCUAUAGCUCCCAUUUCUUUGUAAAUACCUUCUAGCCUAGGAGAACCCAUGCUUUGAAAGGUAUUGUUUUAGCAGAAAAUGAAAAUCAUGCCUUCGUGGCAUGUAAAGAGCAAUUAGCUAUUUGGGGAAGAAAAAAGCAUAUAAUCUCAAGGGGUAUAUAAUUGUGAACCUAAAAACAACAAUUGAAAAAGAUUGGCUGCAAAAAAGAUAAUAUCUGAAAUUCAAGAAACAUCCAUAAAUUCAGCACAAGGAUUGUCUAUAGCAUUUAUCACUAUUUUAGAACAAGGGAUAAAAUGUCCCAGAAAAAUAGAAAUCCUUUUUUUUCCAGCUGCACAUUGCAUCAGAAUCACUAAUCAUUCAGUGACAAAAGUAAAAUAGAAUUGAUCGAAACUUGUAUUCUAUCUUCCAACCUCAGAUGUGAAGAAAAUAAAAUGUAAUGUUUUCCAUUUAUCAUGAAGGACCAAGAAAUUCCACACCUUUGUAGUGAUGGAAGAUGUGACUUUCUCUCUGAGAACAAGAAAUGGAAUGUGAACUUUUUUUUUUAGGCCCCAUGGUAAAAUGAAAAAUAAGGAAGAUUUCAGUAACUUGGCUACUCAUCUUUCUUAUGUAUGGGAAGGAAAAAAAUACUCCCUACCUCAAGGUUUUUGAAUUUGAUUAUUCACAUGGGACGCAUGUAAGUAGUUGUAUUAUUUCUGCUAAUGAGGUAUUUUUUUAAGGAUUCUUAGAAAAAAAAUUUUUUUCUGAAACCAGUUUAAUACAUGUGGGUACAAUGAAUGCAAGACUCCCAUAUAGCUUACUGAGCAGGAUUAUUUGCAGUUGAUGUUCUCAGGAAAAAAAAAAAAGGUAAAUUGCCAAAACUCCUUUUUUUGUUAAGAAAAUCAGCAGAAGUAGUUAGCAGAAGCUAAAGAAAAUGCAAAAUAUGCAGACAAUGUUGAUGAUUAUUCUGAGAAUUCAUAAAUUGGGGAGAAGAGGAAAAAGGAAGUAGAAUGUGCUGGCUUAGUUCAGUAUGUGCCAGAAACAUAAACCCCAAGUGUGUGGAUCUAUUAUAAUCUAUCUAUCUUUGAUGAGAAGUUCAAUCUCUUCCACUUAAGCACUAUCAUAACAUGGACCAGUGAACUUUUCUUUUGUCUCCUUUUAUUGUGAUUUCCCUUUGUUUCAUUUUUGGUCUGUCAGGGUAACCAGCAGUGCGAAGUAUGGGACAGAUGGCUUUUAAAUAGAAAUCCUGGGAGACUGUGUGACAGUAACAACAAAAAAACCUUAUGGUAUUCUAUGUGUUCUCUUGUCUCCUUGUCCUGGGCUAAAAACUAAAAAAUUAAGCAUCUAGUUGGGGGGUGGGGUUGGGGAGAAGCCCUUCUUUUCUACUGCUGCAGAGGACCUUUGCUUUAUAAGCAAAAAAAAUAAUAAUAAUAGUAAUUUUUUUUAUUAAGAGCUGGAUAUAGGUGGGGGAGGGAAGGGAAUAUGCUUUAUGUAAAGAUUGUUUUAAAAAUAUACAUAGUUUACAUAGGUAUCCUAUAAAACAUGUAUCUGAAUUUAUUGAUUUUAAAUAGGUCUGAAGGUACCAAAAACCAAGCUGAAAAUAAGCAAAUGUGGAGCCAUUGGUUUAAAAAAAAAAAAAAUACCCAGUGGUAGCUGGAAAAUUAAAAGAGAGAGAGAGAGAGAGAACCAAAAAAAGAAUUUGAAAGGAAGAGCCUAUAUCAGGUGUAACUACAGCGCUGCAAAAUCUAAUGUUGUUUCUUCCUGUUAAGAUUAUGAUGUGGGGCGGCAAAUUAAAUUGCACUCUCUGAAGGUUGGAUUUUUUUCAGAAAUUAGUCUCUGAUUUUAUCCUAUUUUUAAAUGCACAACUCUUUUCUAUACUAUAAUGUUUCUUUGCUGCAGCUGGAAAACAAAAAUUACUUGGACUGCUGCUUUUGUGCCUUUAAAAAAUGCAUUCUGUCUUGGCAAUGGCAGAUAUGUUUGGUGCUGGAGAAGGUUCACUUGCAGUCUUUCAUAUGCUUUCCAGGAUAUCUAGCUCUUCCUAUUUAUAUCACAUAUAUGUUUGUGUGUAUGUGUGUGUGUAUGUGUGUGUAGGCAUGUGUAUGCACACACACAUACAAUAUAAAUAAAAUUAGGCUGUGAGAAUAUUGAUGUUAUAACUUUGCCCUGAACUAAAUUUAGGACUCCUGUGCUGCAGGUAUAAUGUCCUGAGUAAGAAUGUCACAAAAUAAGAAAAAAUUGUAUGAGCUAUAUUAGUUACUAUUAAAUAUACCCAGAUAUCUUUAACAUUUAAAAGGCAGCAUAUUUAGGUCUCAUUUUCAGUAUGACCUCUCAGAAUUUCAGUAAAGCUUUCAAUUAUUGAAUUUUUAUUUUAAACAGAGACUACUACAUAAGGCAUUUUUUAGAACCUUUUCAUUUAUAACUUCAGUUAUAAAAUGCUAAUACAAAUGGAGAAUUAGAAAACAAUAAAAACAGAUAUUUCAUAAUAAACUGAGUUGGGCAAGUGAAAUACUCUCAUCUUCAUGACAAAUCCUAUAUAAGGGAAGAUUACUGUUUCAUUUUUUUUCUGUACGGCUCUCUAUUAUCAAAUUUUCAAGUAGUCAGUGGAAUUUUCUUUUAAUCUAAACAGUAUAGCUAGGUCCUCUCUCAAUACUUUGAAAAGAUCCUUAAAAUCUCACACAAUAUGUCUUACCUACCUACAGUCUUGGUUAGUUGAAUUAUUUUUCAGUCAUGUCUAACCCUUGGUGACCCAUUUGGUUUUUUUUGUUUUUUGUUUUUUGUUUUUGGCAAAGAUAGUGAAGUGUUUGCCAUUUCCUUUUCCAGCUCAUUUGAUAGAUGAGGAAACUUAGGCAAACAGGGUUAAACGACUUAUCCAGAGUCAUACAACUAGUAAGUGUCUGAGAUCAGAUUUGAACUCAGGAAGAUGAGUCUUCCUGACUUCAGGCCUGGUACUCUUUAUCUACUGUGCCACAUGGUUUUGGUUAAUUUGUUAAAGUUUGUAGUUCUCACACAUUGAUUCAUGCUGAUGUGUUCAAAUGUUUUUCAUAGGAUCAUAGUUAUAGGGUUAGAAAAAAUUUCUAUAAUAAAUGCCAAUGCAUAUAAAAUAGCCAAAUCAUAAUUAUAGGUGGGCAAAAUCAGGAUUCAUUAGGCAAUGAAAUAUUAGAAUGGUAGAAAUUGUUGCCUAGAGUUCUACCAGAAGGCAUUGAUUUCAUUUUGAUCUUGGAGAUUAUUGCUCCAAUUAAAGUGGUUGUCAUUAAGGAUAUUUAAUUGUCUAAUUUUAUGUGGAAGGAUCAAUUUUAUUCUUUCAGCCAUUUCUUUUUAAAUACAUGGAAUUAAUCUGUGUUAUGGUUUUUAUUUAUAUUGAUAGUCUUGGUUCUCCCCCCAAAAAACACAUUUUAAAUUGUGGGCAAUUUUCUAAACUUAAAAAUUAAUCUGGAUACAAUUGCUAGAAACUGAGAUUAUUUGUGUCAAGAAUUAGAGUGAUAGAAUUCCAGAGUUCAAUCAGAUCAUACCAGUCCAAAUUUAUUUUUUUAUAAUAUAAGUUCCAUUAGGGCAAGGACCAUAUCUUUCUGAUCUGUGUAUUCCCCCUCAUCACCUACCACCUAAUAGGUACAAUAUAUAUUUGUUGAAUAGAAGACUCUUUUAUGAUAUACUUGACAGGCAACUGUUCAUGCAGCCCAAGCUUAAAUACAUAUAAUAAUUUAAAAUAAUUUAUUUUUGAAAAAAUAAGAUUGGUUAGUUUUUCUUUUUUGAAAGCUUAUUUCAUCUAAUGUUUUAAAAUCUGAAAUAUUUGGAAGGAAUUAAAAACUUAGUUCUCAUUUUCUUUUAUGUCAAUGACCAUUCAAAUCACAAAUCAGACAUGCUCAUAGUUUUCCAGAAUUAUAGAGCCACAGUUUAUUUGGCCACAAAAAUACAAAUUGGUUUUUGCCCAUGUUCCCUAAUGCUUCCCUUCCCAUAUCUCUAUAUCCUCUCUUUUUACUAUAUUGCUAAGUAGGGAACACUAAUUUUUGUAACAUAUACAACCAGCAUUUCUCAGUAUACUUAGAAAAACAUACCAGAAAAAUCAAGAAAUAAGAAAUUUAAAAAGAAAUGGUUUCAGGAAUAUUACUUUUCAAUUAUGUUUGAACUUUUCUAGUCUUAAAUAGAUCAUGGGUCACUGUUUAUUUCCAUGGCUGGGCUAAAGUUAAUACUUUUACCUAAGAAGUAAAGUACUGUUAAUGUUUUAAACAGUAUCACUUAGAGAAUUAAGAAGAGGGUUACAAACUGAACAGAGUAGAUCACUAUCAUUCACUUACCAGGUAUUUAUUAAGCAUCUAUUAUGUGUCAGGCACCUAAUGUACUAGGUGUCAGAAAGAGAAGUACAAAGAAUGAAAAAUUUCCUACCCUUAAGUUUAUAUUCCUUAUUCUUUGAAAAUUGUGCAUGUGCCAUUAAUUGGGUAGCUUACAUGUCUAUAAAGCAGAGGAAAUUGGGAUUACAGCAUAGAGAUCUAAAUGUUUGGCUCCAAGAUAAUGCAUUUUAGAUUGAAUUAUUUAGUACCCCCCAUUCUAACUAUUAGAAAAAUUUCAUAAAAGAAUAUAUUAUAGUAAUGGUAUAUGAGUAAAAUUAUCUUCAUGUAGGAAAGUCAACUUAUUUCUACAAAUAAUUGUAAAAGCACUAGUCUAAAAAAAUACAAAGAGGUAUUGAAAACUGCCAAAUUCUGGAUUCCUAAAAAUGGAUGAUUUUUAGCCAGAGCUACUUGGACACAUACUGUUGUGUAACCCUAUGUAAGUCACUAAACUUCAGUAUCCAAGGCUAAGACUUGACUCUUGAUUAAGACACUGAACAGGUGCUGAUCAGCAUUGGUAGAGGGAAUAUCUUUACUGGGAGUACUUUCCACCAGUGAAAUCACAUUUGAUAGAAAAACUGUAAGACUUCAUGUAGGCACCAAGUAGAAAAUUAAAAGACGUAUGUUCUUGUUGUAACUUUCACAUUAAUUCACUAUUUCUUUUGCAAGUCAGUUUAUCACUCUGGACUCCAGUUUUCUCAUCUGUAAGAAUGAUGAAAUUGGACCAGAUGAUUGAUAAGCUCCUCUGUAGCUUUAAUAGUUUUUGCUUUUCAUUAGAUUAAGUUAUACAUUGUCAGUGAACUCUCUGGAAUAAAACAUCCAAAACAAAUUUACUAACUUAUUCAUAGUAGUUCAUAUAAGGAAAUUUCCGUAUGUUUUCAGCAGAUUAGGGAAAAUGACACAAUGAAAUCUUGUUCCCAGCUAGCUGAAUUGUCAUGGUAAAUUUAAAUGAACUGUUUUAUCUGCAAUAGAGUUCAAGAAUUUAUUUUAUUUUUAUUUAUCUCAUUUGUUAACCUUCUUUUAAAAAUCUUACAUUUUUGUUCACAUUUUCCAUAUUUGCACAUUUAAAUUUAAAUCCACAUAGUAUUUUUGUUAGUAAAAACAAAGGUAUUAAAACCAGUAAUGUCCCUGAUGGCUAGUAACUUGGUUUAUAUUCAUGAUAUGCAUUGUCAAAAUCACUUUAAACCAAAGCUUUUAUAACCUCUGUAGACAGAGCCAUACAAGUUGUUUCAUAAAUGAUUAGCACACCUGUAAGGCCAACCAAUAAGUUUUUGUAUGUGAGACAAAACAGGUAGGUAUUAGUGAAACUUCUCUUAGUCCAUCCUUUUAGAGGAUAAUGUUUUAUGUUUAGUCUUUGCACUUUGGAUGUGCAGAUUUUCUCCAGCAUUUAAGGAACUUCACAUAUUUGGAUCAACAUUAGCUUACCUUAAGUAAAAUUGCAUUGACUUGAUUAAAAUAUGCCUCAAUUUCAUGGAGUGCUCACUAGUGUCUUAAAAUUUGUGAAUUUGUGUUUCAUUUGAGGGGCAUUUCAGGCAAACUGUGAGGAAAAAAGGUUUAUGGACUGAUCUUGUGCCAUAAAUAAAUAUAUUUCAGAAUUUCUUAAAAUCCCUUUUUAUGUAACUUAAAAAAUGAUUCUGCAUCUGAAUUGAUAUGCAGAAUUGAUAUAGAAUCCCCAUACAAGAAUUCUAGAGAGACAACUACCGUUAACAAAUGUAGCAAAAAGCACUUUUAUUUAUAAAAACUUUUUUUUAAUGUAAACACCAAUUGAUGGUACUUCCAGUCACAAUAUGAGGGUAGGAGGAAAAUGUUAACAAAAUUAUAUAUUGAGCUCUCUUAGAAAAUUAGGCUUCAAAAGAUGAUUUUUGACUAGUUCUUGGUAUGUUCUCAUUUUUCCAAAGAUUCCUAUCCCUCCCCCUGCCUGAAAAAGAAAGCAGAAGGAAAAAAAAUCAACAUUUAAGGGGAGAGAUAUUAGGGUAAGACAGAGUGGUCCAAAGCCUUGCAAUAUCUUGUUCAAAUACAAGUACAGCAGCUAAAAAGAUAGGAAUUGUUCAUUCUCAUAGUUAUUUUUAAUAAAAUGUUUUAAAAGUAUAUGAGAGGUUUACAUUUCCAUUCACCUUGGUUUUUAAAUUUUAUGUCCUGUAUUAUUAUAUAUAAAACAGUUAAUACCAAAAAAAAUGUCUAAUGGCUGACAUCUAUUAUUUUUCACAUGAUUCUUGUUUAGAUAUUGUAAAUAAAAGUAAACUCACAUAAGUUUUAAAGUAGACAUAAUUGUCACAAAAAUAUGAAUACGCUUGUAAAUUUACCCUUUGAUCUAAUGUACAUUUUUAAAUGUAAUCAUUAUCUUCUAGGUAUCUAAUCUGUGUUUCUCUCUGUAAAUGUUUCUAAUCUCAGUUGAAUGCUGGGCACAGUUUGUAAUGUAUGUACAAAGAUGUUUUUUUUCUAUCAAUGUUGACUUUUUUGCACAUUUUGGAGAUGUUUAAUUUGUACACUGAUUUACUACUCUGACCAAUAAUUGUAUAAGAGUGUAUGAGAAUCAUGUAUGAGUGCAUUGUACUACUGUCUGUAUGUUUAAAAUUCUUUUGAAGUGUAGUUAUCAGUAACUGUACUACUCUUGCUGAUUUCAGUGGGAUUUCUUGCUUUUAAAAAAAGUAUAAUUUGUGUAUGGUCCUAUCUUGGUUGAAGAACUCAGGAGUUCAACAUUACUUUCUAAUUCCAUUAUAUAUUCUAAAAGUCAUUUCCUAGAGCAUAUGUGUAAUUGUUUGCAUCAGAGAUGUGUGUAUAUGUGUGUAUGAAUAUGUGUGUACAUAUAUAUAUAUAUAUAUCCCAGUAUUUCUUAUUUCAGUUUCAUUUAUACAUUUUUAUGAAAUUGUUUUUUAAGGGUACUAUGUUUAGUUAGAAUAAAUAUAUAAAAGCUUUCUGAGAGAUAAUUUACUAGAUAAAUAUAUUUUCAGCUGGCUGAUGUUCAGAAAAUAUUUUUUUAAUUUUGUUUUUAAUCAUUCAAAAUGUAUUUGUAUUUCCAAAAUUGGUCACAAAUUGUACUUAGAACUAUGUUAAAACACUCUUGCAAGGAAAAACAGUGAAUUCUCUUCUAAAGAUUUUGUGAUGUUUAAAUUAGCAAAAUGCUUCAAUAAAGAAAAUACACUGUCUCCAUUAAAAACUAAAAGCAGCCUUUGAAGUCUCAGAGCUAUGAAAAAUUUAGAAAAUGAAAUCCAUCUUGAAAAGAUGUUUAGAUGUUUGUAUCUGCUAGCCUGUCCAUUGUUGUUUUUGAAUGUUUCCUCUUUUUUUCCUACAAAAAUGGACAUCCCCAUUUCAAGUUAUUCUUCACAUUGGACAAGGUCAGAAUGGGUCUUUGAAGUGAUAUAUUGCUAUAUCGUGGUCCUUUGUAUUUGAAUUACUACAAAUUGGUUUAGAAAUGUCCUAUCAUGCUUUGACGUGGCUUUAUUCUGUACUGUGUGUUUUAAGAAACUAGCAGAAUAAGAAUUGGAAAUUGAAUUUCCAAUCUGAUAACAUUUAUGUGAUUAAAGAAAAUCUGUAUGUUUUUAAUAUACGGUACCAAGUAAAAUUUCUCAUGCCUAGGUAUAAAGUGCACUGUUGAAUGUCACUAAAUCUGUAGUUUUAAAAGGAGCCGGUAUACUCUUAUUAGGUGAAGUACCUACCAAAGGUCUGGUACAGUGUGGUUUUUUUCCACAUUUCAUGCACAUUUUGAUUUUAACACAUUCAAAAUGGUGCUUGUAAAAAUGUAUAAAAAUACUUUUGAUUUUUAAUUUCUAUGUAUUUGUUUUUAUUUUCUUGCUGGUAAAUGGCUUUUAUUAUUUUUUAUUUUUUGUAUCUAUUGUAAAAGAAACCAUGUUUAUUUUGUUAGUGACCAAUGACUUUGUUUAUAUGAAAAUUUGUAUAUUGAUGGUACACAUCUUUGUUUAGGUUUAUCAUGCAUGAGGACCUGAAAGAAUUAGCACAAUGAAAAUUGCUUUUUCUUCCAAGGUAAUUCAUUUCUUGAAAGGUUAUGGUACAAAGGCUUACUAAAAGUAACCUUCUGGACUAUGGAAUGAAUAUAAAUGGCACUUUGAGUGUUUAAUAAAAACAAAUAUUUAUUUCCAA